CUGGGCCUGUCUCCUUUUGCAUUUUAGUCCUUGAGCAUACACAAUCGCCCUGUGCUUUUGCAGGUCCUGUGCGCUUGCGCGGGUGGCGUCCUGGCUGUCGUGUCAUCGCCGGCCUCGCUGCAGGGUGGCGGCCCGAGGGGUGGGCCCGCGGGGGCGCCCCCGGACCCACUGCUGGAGGCGCCCGAGGGCUACAUGGCGUUCGUGGAGGCGCCCAACGCCGAGCCCCCUAAGGUGGGACCGCCGCCCUACGUGUUCGUGGACGUGCCCUGUCCAGGACUCGCUGGGCCCAGCGCGUCCAAGAAGUCCCUGAACAACCUCUGCGGCGACCUCAACAAGGGCGUCAUCCCGAGGAACCCGAUGCGCCCCACACCCAACGGAACGCCCUAUCCCUUUGAGCUCAUCAAGAACAAGACCCUCGAGUUCUUCAGCAAGGCGCUGCCGAUCCUGCAGGCGGACGAGUCCCUGCCGAAGGUGGCCAAGUCGGCGGAGGGGGCGUACUACAGCAGCCCGAGCAGCAACCGAGUGACCCGCUCCGUCCCUGACGCGGCCCCGGAGGCGGCUCAGGGCCGCUCGUCCAGCAGGCAGGGCCGCAAGUUCUGCGACAACGGCGGUGGAGUGAUGUGCAUGCUGUACAAGGCCAUCCAGGGCGAGCCGCUGGGCGCAUUGGGCGCGCUCGGGCUUACGGGCGGCCCCCAGCGACAGAGUGGCCCCCCGAGCGGCGGACCCGGCCCGGGCGCCCCGGGGGGGCCCGAGCGGCGGGAGGACGGCGGUGGCGCCGGUCCCUGGGGCCACGGUGGCCCUCUCGGUGGCCCGCCUGGAGGUGGUGGCCCCAUGGGCGGCCCAGCCCAGCAGGGCCAGCAGGGACCUGGGCCGCACAUGGGCUACGAGGGCCCGCCGCCCACGCCAUGCCCCGCCAGGGUGGAGUACUCUACGCCCGUGUUCGCGCGGAACUACCAGGGCGUGUGGCGCUACGUGGUGCAGAUACCGUACGAGGGCUACUUCACCCAGACCGUGGAGGUCACUCGCUGUCUUCAAAACAAGUGCCACUACAUGGACGGCGCCUGCCUGUCGUCGCCGCGCUGGCUGAGCAUGCUGGUCGCCGAGCUGUACUACCCGGACGCGGUGCUCCCCGGCAGGGACCAGCGCGACCAUCCGCAUCGCGACUCGGACCACCAGAACUCGCCCCAGUACCUCCACAAGCGGUCCAUCCGGGAGGCCCCCAUGGCCUCCAUGGCGGCGGGCAACUCGACGGGGCGCGCCACCUCGGCGGCAGCUUCGCCCGCCAGCACGCACUGCGACGGCGUCGACGAGAUAGGCUGCUUCCAGGUGCGGCUCUACUACGACUGGUUCCUGGUGCCGGGCUCCUGCAAGUGCUGGCGGCCUGAAUACUUCUCCAGAUUCGUGAGGAGGAAGCAGCCCUCGGCUGACCUUUAAGCAGCCCCGUGGCAUCGCGCGAAGCUCCCCGCCGCCCCGGACCAGGACGUCGACGAGGAUUCGCAGCGGGCACCACGCCCCCCCCUCCCCCAGCCCACGCGCGCACCGGCAGCGCAGCAACAGCUGGCAGGGAAUGACCGCAGAGGGCAGGCCGGGCGGGGCCCCCACCCCAAUAGUGGUGGACAGUGCACACAUUGCUAAAUUGUUAUUGGUUUUGUCUCUCCAAGUGUCGCUACAUGUUUGGACACAGGCCAGAGGACCGUUGCACAGCCGUGGAAAUGGCGCGGUUUGCGGGGGAGGCCCACCGCAUCGCGGCCAGUGCGAAAGCGCCGGUGCGUCGGUCGGUAGGAUGUGGCAGGCUUGGUUUCCGGAGUUGUGGCCUCCGUCCCACCCGCCGGACUCUUCGGCACAAAUCCGACUGAGUUUUGAUGGAGUGCGAUAGGAGGACCGGAUCGGCAGUGGGCCGUGAACCAGAAACGUUACAGUAGAGCAGACUGUUCCACACUUCUUGGGUAGACUCCCAUCUUUUUUUUUUUUUCUUUUGCGUGUCGGAUAACAGAUGCUGUUAUAUUUGUUCCUAUUUUGUAGUCUGUAUCUCGUGAUUUGCCACAGGAGAUUUUUCUGCGUUGGCACUUGUUUGUGGCUGACUCAUUACGCUGUUGCUGGAUUGAGAAAAAAUCUUA